AUGCAUGGACCUUGUGGAGUUGAUAAUCUCAACUGUCCAUGUAUGGUUAAAGGAAAAUGUACAAAGAAUUUCCCUAAGAAAUGGAAGGAUGAAACUGUUGUGGAUUCAGAAGGGUAUCCUGUAUAUAGACGUCGAAAUAAUGGGAAUACCAUUGAAAAAAAUGGUAAGACUCUUGAUAAUGGAAUGGUUGUCCCUUAUAAUGCUACGCUUCUGCGAAGAUACCAGUGCCACAUUAAUGUGGAAUGGUGCAAUCAAUCAGGAUCAAUUAAGUAUUUGUUCAAAUAUAUAAACAAAGGUCCGGAUCGAGUUACAGCAAGUGUGUAUCAAACUAAUACAGAUGGAACAACAACUGAUAACAACCAACCCAAAGAUGAGGUUAAAAAUUACUUGGAUUGUAGGUACGUUUCUGCUUCUGAAGCAUGUUGGAGAAUUUUUGGAUUUGAUAUUCAUUACAGACAUCCUCCUGUGGAAAUCUUGCCAUUUCACAAAGAAAAUGAACAAAACAUAGUUUAUGAUGAUGAAGCACAACUAUGUGAUGUGGUUUCGAAUCCAACAGUCAAACGUUCAAUGUUCCUGGAAUGGAUGGAAUUAAAUGCGGAAGAUAACUUUGCCAGAACAUUGAAAUAUGUGCAAAUUCCUCAGUUUUAUGCUUGGAUACGGAGGAUAUCCUAUGUCCCUCCAUCCCUUGGUGAUGUAUACUAUUUGAGAAUCCUCCUCAAUCAUGUUGUUGGACCUCAAUCAUUUGAUGCACUCCUUACUGUCAAUGGACGUAAAUGUAAAAGUUACAAAGAAGCAUGUUUCGAGUUGGGCCUUCUAGAUGAUGACAAAGAAUAUGUUGAUGCAAUUUUGGAAGCAUCUCAUUGGGCAAGUGCAUCGUAUCUCAGGACUUUCUUUGUCCAAUUACUACUUUCAACCUCUGUAGCCCGGCCAGAUGAUUUAUGGAAGAAAACAUGCAAAGUUCUAAGUGAAGAUAUCUUACACAUGCAAAGGAGAAUCUUAAAUUGUCCAGAUAUGCCUUUCCCUGAUACUAAUUAUGUUUCAUCACUGAAUAACCGUUUAAUUGUCAAUGAAAUGCUGUAUGACAAAAGGGCUUUGACUAUCGAACAUCAGCAGUUAGUAUCAUGCUUAACUGUUGAACAAAAAAGUCUUUAUGAUACGGUUAUCAAUUCGGUAAGUAAAAACGAAGGGGGAGUUUACUUUGUUUAUGGAUAUGGAGGCACUGGAAAAACUUAUCUUUGGAAGACUUUGACAGCAGCCUUACGUUCAAAAGGUCAAAUUGUGUUGAAUGUUGCUUCAAGUGGAAUAACAUCACUGUUACUAACUGGUGGACGUACCGCACACUCAAGAUUUGUUAUUCCAAUUAACAUCACUGAAAGCUCAAUUUGUUCAAUAGAUCCUAACAGUGAGUUGGCAGCAUUGAUCAAACUCACUAAAUUGAUCAUUUGGGAUGAAGCACCUAUGAUACAUAAACAUUGUUUUGAAGCUCUUGAUCGAACAAUGAGAGAUAUUCUACGAUCAACCCAACCCAAUAGCGAAGAUCAAGUUUUUGGAGGGAAAGUUGUUGUAUUUGGCGGUGACUUUAGACAAAUCUUGCCAGUUAUACCAAAAGGAACUAGAAGCAUGAUUGUCAAUGCAAGUCUAAAUGCCUCAUAUAUAUGGCACCACUGUCAAGUACUUAAAUUGACAAUCAAUAUGAGACUAAAACUUGGAACACAACAAACCGACUUACAAGAUAUUCAAGAAUUUGCUGAAUGGAUUUUAAAAGUCGGAGAUGGGGUUGUUGUUGCUCACAAUGAUGGCGAAACAGAAAUUGAAAUACCAAAGGAAUUGUUAAUCACUGAUUCAGAUGAUCCCCUUCAAUCACUGAUUGAUUUUACUUAUCCAAAUAUGUUGAACAGUUUGCAGGAUCCCAUGUUUUUUCAACAACGCGCUAUUCUUGCACCAACUCAUGAUGUGGUUGGAACUAUAAAUGAAAAGCUGUUGGAAAUGAUGCCGGGUGAGGAGAUGACAUACUUAAGUUCUGAUAGCAUAUGUGAAUGUGAAGAUACUAAUGCAAUUGAUGCCGCUUUGUUCUCACCAGAAGUCAUCAAUGGACUUAGAUUGACCGGAUUACCCAAUCAUAAGUUGGUGCUAAAAGUUGGAGCCCCAGUAAUGUUAUUGCGGAACCUAGAUCAACAAAAUGGCUUGUGUAAUGGCACACGUUUACAAGUCGUCAAAAAGGAAAACAUGUCAUUGAAGCCAAAAUCAUAA